UGACUGCGACACGGAGGGCAGUUGUUUGCAUGGUUGUAACAAGGGCUAUUUUGGAAUGAAAUGCAAGUCGCAAUGCAGCAGUAAAUGCAGAUACAAUACGUGUAAACUAGACCCGGGAACAGGUGCAGGCAAGUGUACUGAUGGAUGUGAGCCAGGAUACCAAGGCAUAAUUUGUGACAGACCAUGUGACAGUCACGUGGUCAACUGUACACUGUGUCCAGGUGAAUGUGACGGGGAGUACUGUCAGCUGGGUGAUGCUUGUUUUGUCGGAUGUCGAGAUUCCAAGUACGGAUCAGGAUGCAAGACGUGCCCCAGUAGCUGCAGAACCUGCAACAGGAUGACAGGAGUAUGUGACGAGUGUGACCCGACACAUUAUGGAGUCAACUGUGAGAAGACGUGUGAGAACUGUGCAGGAUCCUGUGAGUCUGACUGUGAAUGUGUUCCUGGCUUCUACGGGGACUUCUGUGCCGAGACUUGCAGUAAAACAUGCCGCCCCAAGUCAGCCCACAAGUGUCUUCCUGCUGUGACGUCAGACAGCUGUACAGGUGAAUGUCACAAACACAGCGCCACGUGUCUCCAUGGCUGUGUGGAUGGCUGGUUCGGCCCGAGGUGUUCUUCUCCGUGUAAUCUUGGAUGUCGCCAUCAAAGAUGUAAUGCAGCAGGUUCUUGUGCUGAAGGCUGUGAACUUCAUCAUUUCGGGUCAGCCUGUGAACCUUGUUCUGAGAACUGCGCCAACCGAACAUGUGAUCAGAACACUGGUGCCUGUGUGACGGAUUGCAGCGAGGAAGGAAGUGAGCCUAACUGUACACAGACCUGCUCAACUCCAGGAUGCUCUACAGACCAUCGUAACGCAUGUGACUCUGCAGGAGAUGCCACAUACGAGUUCAGCCACCCUGAUAUGGGUUGUGUGUGCAGCAGUCCUGUUCGCCCUGGUUGCAAGUUCCGUAUGCUGUGUCUGUUUUCACAAAGGCCCGUGUGUACAAAGAGAUAUGACAGAAGCCAACAGAGGUGGUGUCCAAAUACGUCUAGGUGCACCAAGGAUCUCUACACAUGAUUACUGCGAUGUCGACAAGGGUGAAGAUGGUCCAGUAAUUGUGUACCUGUAGUACAGGGUCCAGUUAGUAGAAAGAUGGAGUACAGCAUGUGACGGUGGUUAUUUUUGUGUGUAAUUUGUACAUUUGUUAAAUCAAUCAUUUGUUAUUUCCGUCACAUUGUCAAUACAGAUAACACGCUUGUACAGAAAGGUUGAGCCGAAUAUGUUUUAAUAAGAAAAACGGACAAACCCUUCCGAGUAUAUCAUGUGCAGUUGGUGUGAGUCAAAUGGAGAUGAUACCGGGUGUUCCUGUACAAAUAAAAGUAUCGUGCCUCACUGGGGCAACAGUCUCAAACAUUUUUUCACCUGCAAAACACGUGGCAUCGGAAAAUAGUUGAACACUGAUGUAUUAGAUUUGAACAUGUUCUCUAUGUAAAUGGGAGAAUCGCCAACUUACUCUUACCAGAGGUGCACAAAGUACGUGGUCUGAACUACCGUUGCCUUGACUACCGUUGUCUGGACUACCAGUUUGUGGAAGCCACGGUAGCUCAGUGUGUCUGACUGCUGACUUUGUGUGCUAGCAAUGUGGUGCCGCAUUCGGAUAAAUCCCUGGUGGGACUCAACCCCCAAAUACUAACAUUUGGACGCUUUUAUCCCAAGUAUAACACAUGUUGCAUUUGUCCAGAAUAAAAGAGCAGUGUGUAUUCGUGGCUUUCGGCCAUGGAAGCCCUCACACUUUUUAGAUGGCUACGCAAGGUCCGGCAUGUAGACGACAAGUCUUCUGACUUCCGCGUUUGAGCAUGGGUGUCUUCGUGGGCAAGACGCUAGCCAUUUUGCCCCACACAUGAAUGUGUUGCUUCGCAUUCCUGAUGGACUAAUCUCAAAUAAACAAUAUAUCUGACCACUUUCAAAACGGCACUGUGUGUUCAUACAAAUGUUUAUAAUGUGUUAUAAUGUUGUUAUUUGAAGCCUAUUGCCUAUCAUGAUAACUUUACAAAUGCUCAGAUGUACGUAGUUCCCAUAUCACUACAAUG